CUCGCAAUCAAGGUGUAAGGAAUUAGAGCAGAAAAGGAAUGGGCUUAAGGUUGUGAAAUGAAAAUUUGGAAAUUAGUGAGAGAAAGGAGGAACUGAUGGACCAAGAGAGAGAGAGAGAGAGAGAGAUAGUUUAGAAGGAAAAUUUAGAAAGCAGUUGACAUUUCUCUUGCAGGGGUGAAGAGAAAAUGAAGUUAAGAGUGGGAACACUGGAACAGAGGAUGCAGAGGAGUAGCAGAAGUAACAGAGUGGAGAAAUAAUAGGCGCUGUCAGAUUCAAAGCUGUGCAAGACGCUGAAAACCUAGUCUCCAGAUGUCUUUUGCCCAAGAAAAUCCGAAACUUGUUCCACCAUUUAAGCGACCUCUAGACCUCUGGCUGAAGAACCAGAAAGCCCUCAACCAUGUUCUCUUCGCGAUGCACAUCCACUCUCUCAAUAAUUCAUCACCGCCGUUCGCCAAACCCCAAAAGACCCAGAUCAACGUUGAUCGAACCUUGCUUCUUUCGGACGACAUCCUUUUCCGAAUCUUCUCAAAGCUCCCAAGGUCUCAGAGAAACCACAACUCUCUUGUGUGCAAGCGAUGGCUCGCUUUGGAGGGUCGACUCGUUCGGUCUCUGAAGGUUCUUGAGUGGGACUUUCUUAUUUCAGGUCGGUUGGUCACAAGAUUUCCCAAUCUUGCGCAUGUUGAAAUGGUUCAUCCCUGUUUGUUUUCGCCGAAUGAUUAUGGGAUUUUGUUGAAUCAUAGAAGUGUUUCGAUUUCUUUGUGCACUGACUUGAAUUCUCCAUCGAAGGGGUUUAAUUUUGAGAAAUGUUUGAUGAAUGUUGAUAAGAUCGACAAGGGUUUGAAAGCCGUCGCCGAAGGGUGUCCGAAUUUGCGUAAACUUGUGGUGAUCGGUGGGACCAAGACGGGGUUGUUGAGUGUGGGUGAAGAGUGCUUGACCCUGCAAGAGCUGGAGUUGCAUUGUUGUGGGGAUGAUGUGUUGCGGGGUAUUGCGGCUUGCCGGAAUCUUCAGGUGUUGAAACUGAUCGGAAAUGUUGACGGGGUUUAUAAGAAUUUGGUUUCCGAUCUUGGGUUGACAAUUUUGGCAAAUGGGUGUGAGAGGUUGGUGAAGCUUGAGCUCAGUGGGUGUGAGGGGAGCUAUGAUGGGAUCAAAGCCAUUGGCCAGUGUUGCCAGAUGCUGGAAGAAUUGACUCUAUGUGAUCAUAGAAUGGAAGGUGGGUGGAUGGCAGGGCUUUCAUUUUGCGAGAAUUUGAAGUCUCUGUGGUUUCGGUCGUGUAAAGUUAUUGAUUCUGAUCCGGGGCCAGAUGAGUAUUUGGGUUUCUGCCCAGCUCUUGAACGGCUGCAUUUGCAGCGGUGCCAAUUGCGGGAUAGGCAUAUUGCAAGAGCAAUGUUUAUGAUUUGUGGGGCUGUUAGGGAGAUUAUUGUUGAAGAUUGUUGGGGGUUGGACAAUGAUGUGUUCCGUAUGGCAAGUGCUUGCAGAAGGGUAAAUUUCCUGUCUUUAGAAGGAUGCUCAUUGCUAACUGCAGAAGGUCUGGAGCCUGUUAUUCUUUCCUGGAAAGAGCUUCAAAGGCUCUGUGUAGUAUCGUGUAAAAGCAUAAAAGUCAGUGAUGUCUCCCCUGCACUCUCAACUUUGUUCUCUGCUCUUAAAGAGUUGACAUGGAGGCCAGACUCGAAAUCUUUUAUUUUAUCAAGUCUUGUGGGUACUGGCAUGGGAAGGCGAGGUAGUAAAUUUCUCAGGAGGCACGAUGCUUCAAAAUUGCUAUUUGAUUACUAGAAUGAACUCAGCUUCAUAUGCAGAUAGUUUCGUCUGCGACUGCUAAAGGGUGAUUUUGUGAAAAUACCAUGCCAUUCUGCUGUGUUCAUUCCUAAAGGUUAACAUGGAUGUUGACAGAGGAAGAUUAAUCAGUUCUUUUUCAAUUUUACAUGGGAGGAACCUAUAAUUAUUGUAAACAUUUCAAAUUAUCGCAUGCAUUCUUGAUGCGUGUGUAUGACCUUCAUAAUCAUAAGCUGUUAUCACUCGAUUAUUAUACAAUUUAAGUUAUUCAAUCUGUAGUCCCUUCUCAAAUAGUUGAAAUGGAAUGCAGAUUGAGGUUCUUAUCUGGCAAUAGACUCGCCAUGCUAUUUGCU